UGUGGACGCGAGUGGCGGAGAGCAGGCGGCUUCCCUAUAAACAAGCUCUUCCAUCUCUCGUGGCGCCGGCGACGACGCGGCAUUGAUAGCUGCCAGUUCAGAGAUUCCCGCAAAAGUUCAAGUGACAGUUGGCCGACCAACAGCAGCUUUCUGACGAAGUAAACGCAAAUUGAAUCCGAUUCGAUUGCCGCUCGAUCUUCAUCGAGUCAUUACGCAGGGGAAAAGAAAGGCAAAGUUUUAGUGUAAAAGUUUCCUCGGCUCCCUUGGCGGGCCACUUCUACCGAAAUCAAACCGAAAAUUUCGCAAAUGAGUUUUGCUAACGACGCGCUAAACCAAUUAACAGAAUUUACUCUUGUGUAAUAAAUAAAUUGCCAACAAUUAUAACUUGCAAUCGCACUCAAGCGAAAUGUUUAAAUGCUCAAAUGAAAUGUUCAACCAAAUGUUUACGGCAAUUGCAGCUCAAAGCUAGAGACCAUAGACGAGGUGCACGGUGUUGUAGUAGUGGCGAGAAAACUCAAAGAAAGCCGCAAGGCUCGACCAGAAAUUUAUAAUUGGUAAUAGCAGAAAGGAGCCACGCACCGCACAUUCCGUCCGCCAUUCAACCGAGCCGCAUGCUGACGUAAUCGGAAUCCAACGGAGCUAGUGGAAGGGGCGGGGCAGGCGAUGUCAAAAUGCCAUCGGCAGAUCAGAUCCUGUUUGUAAAUGUCACCACGACGGUGGCGGCGGCGGCUCUAACCGCUGCGGCUGCCGUGAGCACCACGAAACCCGGGAGCGGUGAUGCCGUGCGGACGUAUGCGGACACAGACGCGGACUUGGAAGCGGAGACGGCGGCCAACAUAACCAGUUCUCUGGUGGAGGGCCUGACCACAGUGGCGGCGGCACUGAGUACGUCUCCGGCGGAAGCGGACUCCGUGGGAGAGUGUGGCGGAGCUGUGGAGGAGCUGCACGCUAGCGUCCUGGGCCUCCAACUGGCGGUGCCGGAGUGGGAGGCCCUGCUUACCGCCCUGGUGCUCUCAGUCAUCAUCGUGCUGACUAUCAUCGGGAACAUCCUGGUGAUCCUGAGUGUGUUCACCUACAAGCCGCUGCGCAUCGUCCAAAACUUCUUCAUUGUGUCGCUUGCGGUGGCCGAUCUCACGGUGGCUCUCCUAGUGCUGCCCUUCAACGUGGCCUACUCCAUUCUGGGACGCUGGGAGUUCGGCAUCCACCUGUGCAAACUGUGGCUCACCUGCGACGUCCUGUGCUGCACCAGCUCCAUCCUGAACCUGUGCGCCAUCGCCCUCGACCGCUACUGGGCCAUCACGGACCCGAUUAACUACGCCCAGAAGCGGACCGUGGGCCGGGUCCUGCUGCUCAUCUCGGGGGUGUGGCUGCUCUCAUUACUGAUCAGCAGUCCGCCACUGAUCGGCUGGAACGACUGGCCGGACGAGUUCACCAGUGCCACGCCUUGCGAGCUGACCUCGCAGCGCGGCUAUGUCAUCUACUCCUCGCUGGGCUCCUUCUUUAUUCCGCUGGCCAUCAUGACGAUCGUCUACAUCGAAAUCUUCGUGGCCACGCGGCGGCGCUUGCGGGAGCGGGCCAAGGCCAACAAGCUCAACACGAUUGCGCUCAAGUCCACCGAGCUGGAGCCGAUGGCCAACUCCUCACCCGCCGCCGCCUCCACCUCCGGCUCCAAGUCGCGCCUCCUGACCAGCUGGCUGUGCUGCGGCAGGGAUCGGCCUCAAUUCGCUACGCCCAUGAUCCAGAACGACCAGGAGAGCAUCAGCAGCGAGACCCACCAACCGCAGCAGACGCAGGAUGGCUCCAAGGCGGGAGCCCAGAGCAACAGCGAUCCACAGCAGCAGCACGUGGUCGUGCUGGUCAAGAAGUCGCGGCGCGCCAAGAUCAAGGACUCGAUCAAGCACGGCAAGGCCCGGGGCGGACGCAAGUCGCAGUCCUCGUCCACCUGCGAGCCCCACGGCGAACAACAACUCCUGCCCGCCGGAGGAAGCUGCCGGGCCAGCGAAGGACACUCCGGCGGUGGAAAGUCCGACGCUGAGAUCAGCACGGAGAGCGGCAGCGACCCCAAAGGCUGCAUACAGGUCUGUGUGACUCAGGCGGACGAGCAGACGUCCCUUAAGCUCACUCCGCCGCAAUCCUCGACGGGAGCCGCCGCCGUUUCCGCCACUCCGCUGCAGAAGAAGCCGAGCGGCGUGAACCAGUUCAUCGAGGAGAAGCAGAAGAUCUCGCUGUCCAAGGAGCGGCGGGCAGCCCGCACCCUGGGCAUCAUCAUGGGCGUGUUCGUCAUCUGCUGGCUGCCCUUCUUCCUCAUGUACGUCAUCCUGCCCUUCUGCCAGAGCUGCUGCCCUACGAACAAGUUCAAGAACUUUAUCACCUGGUUGGGCUACAUCAACUCCGGCCUGAAUCCGGUCAUCUACACCAUUUUCAACCUGGACUACAGGAGAGCCUUCAAGAGGCUGCUGGGGUUGAAUUGAGGCAGGCUGGUGGGGGUGGGGGUUAGGGCGGCGGACCUGGGCAGUGGGCGGUGGCCAAGGUUCGAGAGGGAGAGCAUUACUCAGAGUUUGUGCCAAACUUAAACAUUGGUUUAACCGAUCAUCAAGAUCUCAGGCGAUGGUUGGACCCCAAAUGCUGAACCAUCGAUAAGGAAACUUCUUCGAACUUUUCUGGCGCAUGAUUUUAAUUAGGAUGUUAGGGAAUUUAUUCAGAUCUAAUUUAUUGUAAUUUUUUAAUUUAACAGAAGUAGUUAAGUUUAUCUUUUGAUAUUAUAAUGUGGAAAUUCCUCAGUAAUUAAACCAAUUUCGUUUAGAGCCGAGAUGUCUAAACAUCAGUUAAUUUUAAACUCAAAAACCCGUUUCAACAUUAAAAUCGCUCAUACGAAUAGAGUUGAUAAACUCCCCACUGUGUCUGAGUAAAUAUUCCGAAAAUGUUAUUUGUGGUUAAAAUGUAAUCACUAUGACUCUGUAAUUCGACUCUUUAAAUUCAAUUUUCUCGAAAUUCAAUUUCUGAGAUAUGGGACUCCUCAUUAAAUGAGCGAUAUGUUUAGUAUUAUUUUAAUGUUUUCCUUUCCGUUGCAGAAGUUAAUGCAGUUAUUGUUGUCUGAAAACGUUUCAAGCCGAAAACUAGUGCGCCAAAAAGGGAAAGGUCCGGCAAACUAAAAUAAAUGUAAACUGGUAAAACUGUUCAAUACUCAUACUGAAAGGGGUUGUGCUGGGGCUCAGAUGAGGAGACAUCCCUGCAGCCACCCACGCCCUAUGAAGAACCCAUCAAAAUUACAUAGCAAAGAACUACAUAACCAUAAAAACGUUACAUUAUAUAUACACAAGCUAGGGAACAUCCCAAACGAGAAAAACAUCAAAUUGAAUUUAAUACAAUUAAAUUAAAUGUUUAGGCACAAGAUUUGUGGCAACAUUCGUGUUUCACCCUACGUGUACGGAAAACCCAAAGUGGUGUUAGUUUAAUUAAAUCUGCGCUCAAAAUAUGUAAAACAAGCAAGCUAACUUCCAAGAAAUAAAAUAUGUUUUCGAGGCAUUACUUUAACGAUUUGUAUUUAAAUGUAAUUAAAUUGUAGGUUAACAAACACUAAACCGCUGUACUUAAUGUAUACUUUCAAAUACGCUUUGAACUAUUUGUUAAAUGAUGUAUUGAUUAAUUGUUUUUAUGACACAGCAACAAUUGUGUUGAGUGGGCAGCUGAAAGCUUGCGCAUCGAAACUUACUUAAUAUAGAUAAACGUUUAACUGCACUUUGCGGAAUGCAACAGAAUUAGCGAAAUGGAGUACUAUAAAUCGAUGUAUAAACUCAAGUACAUGCUAUAUCGUAUAUAUCACACUUUAUGUCUUUUAACGACGAAGUACGAUAGUUUCACUAAUUAACUUGUUUAACGAGCAAAUGCAAGCUAAGCGUAAACGAAACCAACAAAAGACAGAUUCGAAUUAAAGUUACAAAAGAACA